AGGAGCAUGGACAAGAACGCCUACGCCAUGGCCAAGUUCGGCUUGGAGUCCAGGGACAACCUGAUCUCCAAGAAGGACUGCGGCUUCUACGUCAAGUAUAUCUUCCUCUUCACCUCGGUCAUCCAGUUCCUGAUCAUCCUGGGACUGGUGCUCUUCAUGAUCUACGGCAACGCCCACGCCGGCACCGACACCCACCUGCGGCACCUGGAGGAGCAGGUGCAGGAGCUGUACGGCAAGGUAAUGGAGCUGAACAUGAAGAACCGCAACCUGACCCUGCAGCUCAAUGCUACCACCAAGGAGAAACUCACCUACUUCCAGAUGAAGGUGGCGACUCAGAAGGAGCUGGAGAAAUGCAACAACAGCCUCCGGGCCUGCAGCAGCAAAGAGCUCCAGUACCAGGGCGUCAUCGACUACGCCGUGGUGCUCCGCAUGACGGCAGACGAGUGCCUCCGGAACAUGAACUUACUGAACGUCACCUGCUACGGUGGGUGAGAUCGGCAGGGGCUCUCCCUCCCCCCCCCGCCCAG